UCAGUUGUUGGGUUCACUUCCUCAUAACUCAUGCAGUGGGGGAGUCAGGAAAACUGCACGGCUGGUCCUGAGUUUUUCCGUCCAAGUUUUCGCAGUAUUUUGCAAUUCUUUGGCUGAUCCAGUUACGAUCCAGUGAAGAAUCGAAGUGCCCACGGCGGCUAUCGGGAACUUUAACCGCCCAUGAAGGCGUAGUUAGCUGGGUUGAGACGACAGUGGUGUGAAAAGUUGGCCCGCCCCUAGCUGAGAUGGCAGAUCUCACCGUUCAUUCAUCCAAAAGUCUCCGGCUCUGAGACUGGUGGUCGACUUUACUCCGGUCAGGAUGGGGGAACCGUCGAGCUUUCUCCACAUCGGCGACAUCGUGUCCCUGUUCGCCGAGGGCUCUGUCAGCGGUUUCAUAUCAACUCUUGGUCUUGUUGAUGACCGAUGCGUGGUGCAGCCAGACGCGGGCGACCUGUCCAACCCGCCCAAGAAGUUCCGAGACUGCCUGUUCCGGAUCUGUCCUAUGAACCGGUAUUCUGCCCAGAAGCAGUUCUGGAAGGCAGCCAAACCCAACCCCUCCAACCCUGCUGAUGCUGUCCUGCUCAAAAAGCUACAGCAUGCAGCAGACCUGGAGAAGAAACAAAAUGAGGCUGAGAACAAGAAGCUACUUGGCAGUGUCAUUCAGUAUGGAGGAGUCAUACAGCUUCUCCAUCUCAAGAGCAACAAGUUCCUGACAGUGAACAAGCGCCUCCCGGCACAUCUGGAGAAAAAUGCAAUGAGAGUCACCCUUGAUCCAUCCGGAAAUGAAGGGUCAUGGUUUUACAUCCAGCCCUUUUACAAGCUGAGAUCACCAGGGGAUAAUGUUGUUGUUGGUGACAAGGUGACCCUGAUGCCAGUCAAUGCUGGACAGCCUCUCCAUGCCAGUAACUAUGAGCGUGACAACCCUGGUUGUAAAGAGGUGAACUCUGUAAACUCUAAUACGAGUUGGAAGGUAUCGCUCUUCAUGAUCUACACAGAGAACAUUGAUGAUGUGCUGAAGGGAGGGGACGUGGUACGGCUAUUCCAUGCUGAGCAGGAGAAGUUCCUGACAGGAGAUGAGUACAAGAGGAAGGAGUGUGUGUUCCUGAGGGUCACCGCCAGACAAUCAGCAACCUCAGCUACAAGUUCCAAAGCCCUGUGGGAAGUUGAGGUGGUUCAUCACGACCCCUGUAAGGGUGGCGCCGGUCACUGGAACAGCCUCUUCAGGUUCAAACACCUGGCCUCUGGGACCUACCUGGCAGCAGAGAUUGACCAUGACCCGACCCCUGACACCCAGCGGCAGAAGCUGGCGGGGCCGCAGGGCGGGAUGGUUUACCAGCUGAUGCCCAUACCCCACGGGCACGACAUCGCCUCCAUCUUUGAACUGGAUCCCACCACCAUGCAGAGAGCAGACUCAAUGGUUCCGAGGAGCUCCUACGUGCGUCUGCGACACCUGUGCACGAACACCUGGGUACACAGCACAGCCAUACCUAUAGACAAGGAGGAGGACAAACCUGUCAUGCUCAAGGUUGGUGCUGCUCCAAUCCGGGAGGAUAAGGAAGCCUUUGCCAUUGUUCCUGUCCCUGCCAACGAGGUCAGAGACCUGGACUUUGCCAAUGACGCCUGCAAGGUGAUGCAGGACAUAGCUAGCAAACUAGAGAAAAGCAGCAUCACUCAGAACGAGAGAAGUUCUGUUUCCCAACUGCCAACUCGGCCGGCCAUCAACAAUGUGCUGUCAAAGAGCGUCCGGAGGUUUGUUACCCAGCUGCUGACGGACCUGGUGUAUUUCCUGGCAGACAAGCCCAACAACGGAGGGGACCCCCUGGACGUGCAGAUCACCAACCCAAACAGGGAGAGGCAGAAGCUCAUGAGAGAUCAGAACAUUCUUAAACAGAUCUUCAAAGUUCUCCAGGCGCCCUUUGAGGACAAGGGUGAUGGUCCUAUGCUGCGGAUGGAGGAGCUGUCUGACCAGAGACACGCCCCCUUCAGGCACAUCUGCAGGCUGUGCUACAGGGUGCUCAGGCUGUCACAGCAGGACUACAGGAAGAACCAGGAGUACAUAGCAAAGCAGUUUGGUUUUAUGCAAAAGCAGAUCGGCUAUGAUGUGUUGGCUGAAGACACCAUCACAGCUCUUCUGCACAAUAACAGAAAACUGCUGGAAAAGCAUAUCACCGCUGCUGAGAUAGAGACCUUCGUUAGCCUUGUUAGGCAGAAGAAGGAAUGCAGAUUUCUGGAAUACCUGUCAGACCUGUGUGUGUCCAACAACCAGGCCAUCCCUGUCACCCAGGAGCUGAUCUGUAAGUCUGUCCUCAAGCCAGCCAACAGUGACAUCCUCACGGAAACUAGAAUUGUGAAGACAGAAGUGGAGGAGGUGAUAGAGGAUGAGGAGGGUGAGGAUGGAGAGCCCAUCACCCAGAUUGUGGAGGAGGAGGAGGUGGUGCUGUUCUGGGAGAAGGGACACAAACAUAAGGCCAUCCGGGAGCUGGCCGCUGAUGCCGAGGAGUCUAAGGAAGACAAGCAAGUUAUGGACUACUACAGAUACCAGCUGGACCUGUUCUCCCAGAUGUGCCUGGACAGACAGUACCUCGCCAUCAACAUCCUCUCCACACAACUGGACAUCAACCUUAUAUUGCAGUGCAUGUCGGAUGAGUCGUUGCCGUACGACCUUCGCGCUUCGUUCUGCCGGCUGAUGCUGCACAUGCAUGUGGACAGGGACCCCCAGGAGCAGGUCACCCCUGUCAAGUAUGCACGCCUCUGGUCCGAGAUCCCCUCCAAAAUCACGAUAGAGGACUAUGACUCCACCAGGGACAAGAGUAAGGCGGACAUGAGACCCAGGUUUGAGGACACCAUGCGGUUUGUAGAGCGCUACCUCCGGCAUAACCUUGCCGACAAUGCACGAGGAUGGCAGUUCGCUGAUCGGAACCAGAACAAACUAACAUUUGAGGUGGUGAACCUGUCCCGACACCUGGUGUACUUCGGGUUCUACAGCUUCAGCGACCUGCUGAGACUGACCCAGACCCUCCUGUCCAUCCUGGACAUCACCAACUCCACCACACCCGUCCUGGCGCUGGGCAAGAUGGACAAGGUGUCCGAGCUAGCAAAUGGAGCCACGGAACAGAAGCAAGUCUGUGCCUCCACCCUAAUGUGCAGUGUUGGUUGGUGGGAUGUCCCCAAUCAUCAGAUGGGUAAGACGGGAGUGUUCAAGUCCCUGCACGACGUGAGCGCUGUGAUGACCACCAUGGUGCUGGGGGGAGGUGGCAUGUCCGGGGGGAAGGCUCUCAAGGCUGGGGACGGAGAGAUGGACACCAUCGUCAUGGAUACCAAACUGAAGAUCAUUGAAAUUCUGCAGUUUAUCCUGAACGUCCGUCUGGACUACCGCAUCUCCUGUCUCCUGUCCAUCUUCAAGAACGACUUUGAUGAGAGUAACAGCAGCCAGCGUGGUGAUACCCUCCCUGGGCUGGGGACUAAUGCACAGGACAACUCUGUGGUAGAUUUAGAGAAGAUUGCACAACAAGCAGAAAGCAUCUUUGAUGGCAGUGAUGAGUCAGCAGAUCUGGACCUGGAUGGUGCGGGAGGGCGGACGUUCCUGAGAGUCCUGCUGCACCUGACCAUGCAUGACUACCCACCCCUGGUGUCAGGGGCGCUGCAGCUGCUCUUCAGACACUUCAGCCAAAGGCAGGAGGUGCUGCAGGCCUUCAAACAGGUACAACUGCUGGUCUCCUCCAGCGAUGUGGAGAACUACAAGCAGAUCAAAGCUGACCUGGACGAGCUCAGACUGCUUGUGGAGAAGUCCGAACUCUGGGUCUACAAGAGCAAGAGUGAAGGGGGCAAAAAGAAGAAGGAUAAAAAGGAUAAGAAGGAUAAGGACAAAAAGAAGGACAAGGAGGAGAAGAAGGAGUCCAGUACAGGGGAUGGGGACGGAGACAAGAAGAAGAAAUCUGAGGGUGGGGCUGACAAAAAGGAGGGGAAAUCGCGAGGGAAGUUGAUGUCACAAGAGUCCUCCAUUGGCGAUGAUGACAUCAUAUAUCCUGUUCGGGUGACCCGAGAACAAUGGAUUCAGUCAGUCCACAUGUCAAAGGCAAAUACUGCAUUAAAAGGCAUGUCCUUGACAUCAUCCCAAGGUCCAGAAGGUUCUGCUAUUGACCUUGAUAUUGGACCUUCCAUGGAUCAAAAUAGCGUCAAGAAUUACAAGACCAUCCAGCAGGUUCUGAUUCGCCUGAGCCAGCUUUGCGUCCACCAGUCCAGCGGGAAGAACCGUAAACACGAGCAGCGUCUGCUGAGGAACAUGGGAGCCCACAGUGUUGUACUGGAACUCCUCCAGAUCCCCUUUGAUAAGAAGGAAGACACCAGGAUGAACGAGAUCAUGCGGUUAGCCCAUGAGUUCCUUCAGAAGUUCUGCCAAGGAAAUCCAGCCAAUCAGGCACUGCUACACAAACAUGUGGACCUGUUCCUGACUCCUGGGCUCUUGGAGGCAGAAACUAUGAGACACAUAUUCAUGGACAACAGCAUGCUGUGCAAUGAAGUGACAGAGAGAGUGGUGCAGCACUUUGUUCACUGCAUCGAGACCCACGGUCGCCAUGUGCAGUAUCUGAAGUUCCUACAGACCAUUGUGAAAGCAGAGGGACAAUACAUCAGGAAAUGUCAAGACAUGGUCAUGGCAGAGUUGGUGAAUGUAGGAGAAGACGUCCUGCUGUUCUAUAACGACAGGUCGUCCUUCAACACCCUGAUCGAGAUGAUGCGGUCGGAGCGAGAGAAGAGACAGCUGAGCAGCCCUCUGAUGUACCACAUCAACCUGGUGCAGCUGCUGGGGCUGUGCACCGAGGGCAAGAACGUGUACACAGAGAUCAAGUGCCACUCCCUGCUCCCUCUGGAUGAUAUCAGCAGGGUGGUGGUGCAUCCGGACUGUCUACCUGAGGUUAAAGAUGCUUACAUCAACUUCCUGAACCACUGCUAUGUGGACACUGAGGUGGAGAUGAAGGAGAUCUAUACCAGCAACCACAUGUGGACUUUGUUUGAGAACUUCCUUGUCGACAUGGCCACGGUUUGCAAAGCCACAGAUCGUAACCACGCCGACCCAGUUCUAGAGCAUUACGUCACCAACACCAUCAUGAACAUCAUCACCAUGUUCUUCAGCUCCCCCUUCUCAGACCAGAGCACCACAGUUCAGGUGUUUCUCAGCCCCCAGCUUCGUGCUGUAGUCAAUAGUAUGUUUUUCACCCGACAGCCAAUCUUCGUCCAACUGCUGUCUGGAGCGUAUCGUGUGUCGCAGUGUACAUGGCUGAAUACACAGCAGCGCUGCAUGGUGGAGACAUGCAUCAAAACCCUGACAGAAAUAGUGAAGAAAAGGAACAUGUUGGUGCCUGUAGACUUAGGCGCCCAUAUCAACAUGCCUACCAGGUCUAGACGAGAGAUGUGGCGCGAAUCUUCCAGAUCCAUCGUUGGUGGGAACAGCAUAGCAGAAUCCAAGAACCGUGGCAUAGCCAUCCCUGUGGACUUGGACAGCCAGGUGAACACACUGUUCUCCAAGUCCCAACUCCUCAUGGCCACAUCCCGUAAGUGGCUGAGUACGCGUGGCUCGUCCAGACGAGACUCCAUCAUGGCCAUUUCACGGGACACCAGGAGCAUUAUUGAAGGGUUGCAGCAGUGGCAGGACUUGGUGCCUCCUCCCAUGGCUGCCAACAGGCGGAUUGUGGAGCUAACAACCAAAAACCUGCCACAGGACAUUGUGUCCUUGCUGGAGGACCAGCUGCGGCCGCUGGUCCAGGCGGAGCUGUCCGUGCUGGUGGACGUGCUGCACAGACCCGAGCUGCUGUUCCCACCGGGAUCGGAGGCCAGACAGAACUGUGAAUCUGGCGGAUUCAUCUCCAAACUUAUCAAACACACGGAGAGGCUGCUAGAAGAGAAGGAGGAGAAACUGUGCAUCAAGGUGCUGCAAACUCUCAAGGAAAUGAUGACCACAGACAUUGACUAUGGAGAAAAGAUCUAUCCUGUAGAGGGGGAAGAUCUGUUCACAACGAUGAAGCCUCGGGAUGAACAGUCAAAGAAGCAAAUUGAUGAUGCGAAGAGGGGAGACAAGUUACGCAGCAGCUUGUUGACACGGUACUACGGAAAGCAGCACCCGCGAGCAGACCGCAACCGCAAGGAGAGCGGAUCUCCGAAUGCGCAGCCGCCCCAGCGCCCGUCUGUGGCCAACCCCGCCCCUGGGGCACAGAUGGUGGGGAGGGCAGAGAUGUCCCUGGCGGAGGUGCAGUGCCACUUGGACAGAGAGGGGGCAUCGCUUCUGGUCACAGACUUGGUCAUCAAUAGCACCAGCAACAGGGUGUUUGAGGAAGCAGUGGAGCUUGGGAUAGCAUUACUGGAGGGUGGCAACAGCACCAUACAGAAAUCUUUCCUGAACCACCUGCGGGAUGAGGGGAAGGCAGAGAAGUUCUUUAAGGUUUUCUAUGACCGGAUGAGGGAGUCUCAGCAGGAGAUCAAGGCCACAGUCACUGUUAGCACCGGCGACAGUCUGUCAGGCAACAAGGACAACAAAGAUGUGGCAGUGAAGGACACACCAGCAAAAAUGAAGAAAGGUGCAGGUGGAGGCAGCCCAGGGACGGCCAUGUCAGACGAUGUGAGGGACCAGCUAGCUGAUGCAGCGCUGCAGACCAGCAAAGCCUUCGGAGCCAUGAGGCAGGGACCACAGGGGGAGGACGCUGCCAACCCUCUCUCAGGAUUUGACAAGGAGACAGAGAAGAAGAACGAGGAGCGAGGCAUGAGCCCUGAGAUCGCCAUCAUGAAGCCCAUCCUGAGGUUCCUGCAGCUGCUGUGUGAGAACCACAACAGGGACCUGCAGAAUUACCUGCGGAACCAGAACAACAAGACCAACUACAACCUUGUGUGUGAGACUCUGCAGUUCCUGGACUGCAUCUGUGGCAGCACCACCGGUGGGCUGGGCCUGCUGGGGCUGUACAUCAACGAGAAGAACGUCGAUCUCAUCAACCAGACACUGGCCAGUCUGACCGAGUACUGCCAGGGACCCUGCCACGAGAAUCAGAACUCUAUUGCCUGCCAUGAGUGUAAUGGAAUUGACAUCAUCACAGCUUUGAUUCUUAAUGACAUCAACCCUCUGGGUACACACCGUAUGGACUUGGUGUUAGAGCUCAAGAACAAUGCCAGUAAGCUGCUACUUGCUAUCAUGGAAAGCCGACAUGACAGUGAGAAUGCUGAAAGGAUCUUGUACAACGUCAGUCCAAAGCAGUUGGUUGAUGUGAUUAAGAGGGCGUACAUGCAGGAGGAGAUGAAGGAGGAUGAGGAGGAUGAGGAAAGUGAAGAGGAUGAGGAAGAGGACAAAGUCUCACCGAAGGAAGUUGGACACAACAUCUAUAUCUUGGCACAUCAGCUCUCGCAGCACAACAAGGAGCUGGCAGCCCUGCUGAAACCCAGUAGUGCUGCAGACUACGGCAACACAGCCCUGGAGUACUAUGCCAAACACACUGCACAAAUUGAGAUUGUGCGUCAGGACAGGACCAUGGAGAGGAUUGUGUUCCCUGUGCCCAGUAUCUGUGAGUACCUGACGGAGGAGACAAAGUCACGUGUGUACCACACCGCCGAGAGGGAUGAGCAGGGCAGCAAGGUGUCCGACUUCUUCGAGAGAUGUGACGACAUGUUCAAUGAGAUGAAGUGGCAGAAAAAACUCAGAGCCAACCCCACCCUGUACUGGAUCAGUGCUCACAUGUCCCUGUGGAGCGCCAUCUCCUUCAACCUGGCUGUGCUCAUCAACCUCCUCAUCGCCUUCUUCUUCCCCUUCUCAGGAGGAACUGGAGAACUUGACCCUCGGCUGUCUGGUCUGGUGUGGACGGCCAUGCUGGUUUCCCUGGCAACAGUCAUCACCCUACCCAAAGCCUCCGGGAUACGAACACUGGUGGCCUCCACUAUACUCAGGCUGAUAUUCAGUGUGGGGCUGGAGCCAACCCUGUGGUUGAUCGGCUGUGCAAAUGUGAUAAACAAGGCAGUGUUCCUGGUGAGCCUGCUGGGGAACAGAGGGACCUUCACCAAGAACCUGCAGGCCAUCAUGGGGGAUGUGGAGCUGUGGUACUACGUGGCGUACCUCAUCCUCUGUGUGCUGGGCCUCACCAUGCACGAGUUCUUCUACUCUGUCCUCCUACUGGAUGUGGUGUACAGAGAAGAAACCCUGCUAAACGUUAUCAGAUCAGUCACAAGGAACGGGCGGUCCAUUGUCCUCACAGCAGUGCUGGCUGUCAUCCUCAUCUACCUGUUCUCCAUCAUCGGAUACCUGUUUUUUGAGGAUGACUUCCUGGUGGAUGUCGAUCCAGCACCUCACCUGAUGCCAGCUCUUGCUGGAGGAGGCAUGAUGUGUACACAGGAGGGUGGUUGUGCAGGUGCAGACUCCCCCAUGGCAGCUAUGUUUGGUUCCAAUAACACAGAGAAUGCGACAGAUGUGGUGCUGCCUGUGGUGGAGGAGGGUGGAGAUGAUCAGAAGGAGCGAGCCUGUGACACCCUCAUCAUGUGUAUCAUCACCACCCUGAACCAGGGCCUGAGGAACGGGGGAGGCAUCGGGGACGUCCUCAGGAACCCCUCCAGCAAGGAGUCAUUGUUUGUGUUCCGAGUGAUGUACGACCUGCUCUUCUUCUUCGUCAUCAUCAUCAUCCUGCUGAACCUCAUCUUUGGUAUCAUCAUCGACACCUUCGCCGACCUGAGGAGUGAGAAGCAGCAGAAGGAAGAGAUCCUGAAGAACACUUGUUUCAUCUGUGGUCUGAACAGAGCAGCUUUUGACAACAAGUCUGUGUCUUUUGAUGAGCAUAUCAAGGAGGAACACAACAUGUGGCACUACCUGUUCUUCAUUGUGCUGGUCAAAGUCAAAGAUCCCACCGAAUUCACAGGACCUGAGAGCUAUGUUUACCUCAUGGUCAAGGACAAAGACCUGGACUGGUUUCCCCGGAUGCGUGCCAUGUCUCUGGCUGUGGACGAGGGCGACAGUGAGCAGAGCGAGCGACAAAAUCUGCAGGCACAGCUAGAGGCCACCACCAAACUGGUCACCACCCUGUCCACACAGCUGACUGAGCUCAGGGAUCAGAUGACAGAGCAGAGGAAACAGAAGCAGAGAAUCGGUCUACUGGCUCCACCUGGCCUCCCACAGAUCCCACCACAGUUCCAACCACAACAACAACAGGUCCCACCACCUGUAGCUGUCAACCCCUAACCCUACAACUAUCAAGAACCAACUACUGAACCACCUGUCUGUAGCCCCUCCCCAGACAACAAAUGGGACACCCUUGCUGUAAAACAUCCUGUCAGGUUUUUGGUCAUCAUGAGGGUAAUCGACUAGCAAUAUGUGCAUCACCAACUAGUAUUACACUACAGUACAUACAUCUUGAGUCAGCCCACCCCACCCUACCCUUUCCUACCCUACACAUAUUAUAUAGCCUUACCCAGUGACCAUCGCCCAUAGUGGUUCUCCUGAUUAGUGAAGUGGAUUGGGCUGGUUGGUCAUCUGUCCACCUGAGCACAAAUGAUAAACCUGUUUAUAUAACAUCAUGAUUUGAGUGGGUUCUGUCCAGAGCAGAUCCCACCCACUUGUAGAUUUUAAGUUACUGUGUGCAAUGCAGAUAUAGUGUUGUUUUUUUUUGUGUGUGUGUGUUUUGUUUUUCUAUUGCAGGAGAGGCUCAAUAAUACUUUGUUGCAUGCACAUCAUGCAUGUCAGUUGGAUUCUGUAUGGAAAUGAGGAAAUGUGCUAAAAACCCAAAGUUUUUAUCCCACCUAAAAGGCCCUAGAGUGAUGAACUAGAGAUUCAUGGCAUUGCAUAGCUGUAAGGUUUUAUAUUAUAUUAUAUUACAGAAAUCAAGUCUAUCAUCAUUGCCAUUUCACACAUUAUUGAAAGCAACUUGCCAGUGGGCUGGAUCCACCAGCUUUGUGAGCCUCCAUAACAACAAACUAACAGUUAAGGGUCAGCUGUUUUGCUGCUCCUCUAAAGAUUCUGCACGUUGAGAAAGUUUUCAGGCAAUGAAUGGAUCAAAGGUGCAGCAAGUUUAGUUUAUACAGGGAAAAAUAGCCCUGUAACGUUACAGGAGUAACUGUUCUGCACUGGGACUGAGCAAAGAUCAAAUAUUUGUGGGUUCUGUGCAGUCCAGCCAAGUCCACAGUUGUGUAAAUGUCACAUAUAGGUGGCAGUAAGUCUGCAAUUAAAUAUUAGAAGGCAGUACUGAAGGAAAUCUUUGUUCCUGAACUGAAACUAUUAGUAGUGAAACACAUGCUGCAUAAUUCUGAACACAUAUCUUAUUAUUCUUCAUGUCUGUCUUUGUAUAAGAAGUACAUUAUACAAUGUAUCUAGCAGCAACAUUUCUAAAAAAGUUACGUGUGUGUGUAAGUAUUAGUGCACAGUGUAACAUUGUUUCACAUCUAUUAGUUUACAUUGCUACACUAUGUAUCAUAUUCUCAUUUGAUAUGCAUAUUAAGGUUUUUAGGUAGACGUCGUUGCCCAAAGAAGGUUUGUGUUUAUUGUGCCCAACAUGGCUACUUUCAAGGUGAUUUCAAGAUGAAGUGUGAUUUAGAAUCAAUAUUGUCAGUGAAUUCUUAAGAUGCCAACUUCAGGUCUGAAGAAAUGUGGGUGUGAUUGCAGAUGGUGCUGGGAGAAUAGAGCUGUCUAUUACAGCACUAAUAUUUCACUGAAGGUAAGGUACAAAUGAAGUCUUUGAGGCUCUAUAUCAUUGUAGUACUUGUAUACUUUAGGGCAUUAUUGUGGCAAAGAAACACCAUCUAUUUUUAUACAGUCAUGCAACUGUAGGAAGUCCUUAGCAUAGGCCAAAGACUCUUAUUAGUGAAACUUAGCCUUAAAUAUCAUAAUGAUGAAGGUAGAAACUCAUCAAUGCAAAAUACAGUAGGUUUUAACUCCAUUCCAGGAUACCGAAGUGCAGUUUCUUUUAGGGACCAUUAAUGGAGAUAGAUUGGUCUUAUCUUACUUGGCUGUAGCCAAGUACAAUAGGGUUAUGUGUUUAAGACUUUGUACCAGUAUCUAGAGUUCUAUAUAUAGUACUAUAGACAAUUGAAUCAUGUUCAAUAUACAUGAUGUAGCAGCCAUGGCAAUAAUGUUACCUUUACUAGUAGUGAACUAGUUAACAAAUCAAUGUUUAAGGCAUACAAGAAUUGGGCAAAUAAUAUGUACAGAGAAUAUAGUCAAUCUAUUCAAAUGUGUAACCCAUACACUUUGUGUCAUUUCCUAUCGUUAGCUAUAAUAGUCAAAGAGAAAUUUUACGGCAAAGUUGCUUCUUUGCUAUAACCCAACACGUAUAUUGUAUGCAGAAUGAUGGGAGAAAUUACUAUAAACCUCAAAUAUUACCAUUGUAUUCAUAUCCCAGAGUCAUAGAUUUGAAAAUAGAGCCUAUUAAAUCUGUUAAUAUUUCUUGGAGAUAGAAUUUAUAAAGCUGUGUAUUGUGAGAGGGGAGAUAUGCAAUGUUUUGUUCAGGAAAUUGUAUGACCUGAUCGCUAAAUGGCAAAACUAUUUUGUAAAGUUGUGACAUGAUGUGGAAAUGGUGGAUGUUAUAUGGAGAUAAUGUAACUGAACAAAAUAAACCACUAGUUUGCAUA